AUGGCCUCUGAAAUCACCGACCACGACCAGAACGCGUCGCCCUCUGUCCACGACGACGUGGGCAAUGGCCAGAUGAACGUCGGCGAUGCGAGUCGCGGCACCAAGCGCCCGCGCCCUGCCCAGGACGACGACGACGACGACGAUGACAAGCCCGGCCGCGAGCGCAGGAAGAUCGAGAUCAAGUUCAUCCAGGACAAGUCGCGUCGACACAUUACCUUUUCGAAGCGCAAGGCCGGCAUCAUGAAGAAGGCCUACGAAUUGUCUGUCCUGACCGGCACCCAAGUCCUGCUGCUUGUCGUCUCAGAAACCGGUCUCGUCUACACCUUCACUACGCCCAAGCUGCAACCACUGGUGACGAAGCCCGAGGGCAAAAACCUCAUCCAGGCCUGCUUGAACGCGCCCGAGCCCUCGAGCGGCGAUGCGAACGGCGUCGACGCUGACAACUCGGUCGACUCGCCAGAGGACAAUCACCCCCAGGUACCCACUGGCCCACCACGUGGCAUGCCCCAAAGCAAUCCUAUGCCCCAAGCAUACAUGACGCCCGAGGCUGCUCUGCACUACCAAAACUACCUCCAAGGACAGCACCAGUCACAACAAUACCCAAUGGCACAACAGCCUAUGCCCCGUCACCCAAGCCAGCACUAUCCCCAGGACCAGAAGCUGGGAUAG